UUGUGUGGGAACGCAGAGUAGGAAAAAACCCCAGCUGGGAACCUAAAAGAGAGUAACUAGAAAUGGAAAAAGCUGGUAGAAGAGAGGGAAGGACUAGUAACACUUGUUUUGAUUGUUUUCUGUUGAGCCUAAGACAAGACCAAAGUAAAAAAGGAGACAUUAUCCAGCCACAAAUUCCCAAUUCAAUAGGAUUAACGAAAAAACUUCCUUGUCCGAGUCGGGAAUAAAUGUUAUGUCCUGCUACGUCUCAGGUUUAUAGUGCACAAGAGGACAAACAUAUCAUACUCAGACAUCGCAUGAGCUUUUUUCCCCCCUGCCAGCUGUAACAUCAUUAAGUACACCAACAUGUCUGAGAAGUAUAUACUAUCAUUGCUCUGGCUUGUUGGGUUUCAUCUCCGUAAAGGUUCACUUUGUCUCCAUUACAGGACAAAAGACUGAAUCGGUGAGGACAAAGCCCUUAGAAAGAGAGGCGUAAAUGAAAGGGAAGACUGCUGUUUUUUUGGGUGGUUUAUUUUUUUUGUGUCGUACUAGGUCACAUUCUGCUUUCCGUGUGUGAAAGCAGAGUGUAACACUUAGAUAUAUGGAGGACAAUAAGGCGGAACAAUGAGAGUGACAGGCAUGGUUACAGUAUAAAUGGGGCCUGAGAGUUCUCAGGCAUUAUUGUGUAUCCCGGUAUGAGUAUGAGAGUGUGUGUGCCAGUGUGUGGAUGUUGGACUUAAACUGUUUUCUUACUUGACUUGAUAAGUUUCUAAGAUGCCUUCAUCCUGUCACCUCUCACUGCUCCUUCUGCUUGUAAACCUAACAAGUGUGUAUGGGUCCAGAAUCAUCGGAGGUGAAGAGGUAAACCCUUACACCAUCAAGUAUCAAGCCUCCCUCCAAUUCAUGAAUUACCACUUCUGUGGAGGCACCCUCAUCCACCCGCAGUGGGUGUUGAGUGCUGCCCACUGCUGGAGACCGCAACACAUGAUCAAAGUGGUUCUGAGUGAGCACAACCUCCAAAAGAAUGAGGGCCACGAGCAGGUGUUCAGUGUCUCCGCAGUCAUCAGGCACUACCAGUACCAACACUGGUCGUUUGACAAUGAUAUCAUGCUGCUUAAGCUGGACCGUCCAGCUAUCCUCAAUGACAAAGUCCAGGUGGCACUUUUUCCAGAACGUGAUGCACCACCCUUGGCCUCCCUCACCCCGUGCACAGUCAGCGGCUGGGGUGUGACCUCACUCUACAGCUACAGUGUGUCACCUGUGUUGAGAUCUGUUAAUGUGGACUUCUUUCCCAACUGCUGGUACUACUACUACUUCAGGAUCACAGAAAACAUGAUCUGUGCAGGCUCUUUCUUCGGUGGGAAAGACUCCUGUCAGGGUGACUCAGGAGGACCUCUUGUUUGUAACGGUAGAUUUGAGGGCAUUGUAUCCUGGGGCAUCGGCUGCGCCUACGCUUACUACCCUGGUGUCUACACCAAGGUCAGAAACUACGUCGGAUGGAUCGACUGGGUCAUCAACAAAACCUAAUAAGACUCUUAACUAACAAACUCACUUAAGUAAGAAAAAAUUUAAGUACUGAAAUAACUUCCCUCUGGGUAUUUCUGA